AUGAAUGCAAAUAAUAUUAUUAGUAUACUUAUAGUUUUUAUUUACUAUAUUAACAGUCAACAAAUUUUGAGGAAGAGAAAAUUCCAUAAUAACUCUUACUUAUUGAAUACAGAAGAUAAAAAAUUAAAAAAUAUAAAUAAUUUAAAGAAUAUUGAUUCGCCUAAUCAAAUAGAAUUUGAGUAUAAUGCUACAAAUAGCAAAAAUGAUAAUAUUUUUUCAUUAGAAAAAGAAAAUAAAGGCUCAUUUAUUCUUUUAAGUUCCAAAUUAAAAGAAAAAGAAUCUGACGAUGACGAUGACGAUGGCGAUGAGGAUGAUGAAGACGAUGAUGACGAUGAUGAUGGUGAAAAGGAGAAAGAAAAGGAAAAUGAGGAGAAUGAGAAGGGGAAUGGUAAGGGGGAUGAGAAAGAAUCCCGUUCUAACAACAACAGUAACUCAGUUCCAUACACAGCUCUACCACCACCUCCUCCACCAGUUCCUCCACCUCCACAUCCGAUUCCUCCCAUGACACCUUCAAGUAUUGUUGGAAACGUAGUAUCAAAUGUCGUUACAACAGGUUUAAAAUUGAUUGGUAUUCAUUAA